CGCCGAUUUGUUUCUCAUGCGUCGACGCGACCCGGUGGCGCGCCUCCAGUUUAGUUUUUUAAUUGAUUUCCAUUGUUGAUUGCGACCAUCUGUUGCACUUUACCACAUUCGCGUUGCUGCCUGGCCUACCCGUGCGUAAACUCUUGAAUAAAGAUAGCGUCUGGUGUCUGUCUCUUGUUUUAGACCCUUUUUGUCAUCCUCCAUUGUCUUCACCAAACCGUCCUCCUCGUGUUCUAUCGGCCGUUGCAUUUUCCCGAGUCCCAAGAUGCCUCCCAAGAAGGAACCCGUUAUGAGCGCGUUCGAGCGCAAGCGCCUCGAGAACAUUGCCAACAACAAUGCCAUCCUAAGCGGCAUCAGUACCACGGCAGACAAGAUUAUCCCGAAGCCUGCGCCUCCCAAGCCCAAACGCGCCAGCACGCCCCGAGUCAAGCGCGAACCUGUCAAAAAGGAACCGGCCCGUCCCACGCGCCAGAGCAGUCGCCUCGCCGGCCUCGAAGCGGAUUCCGAAGUUCUCAAGCGCAAACUAGAUGUUGAAGCCGAGGCGGAAGCAGCAAAGGCCAAGGCCAAGAAGAUGCGCGUCAGUGGUGAUUUGAACCUCGGCGACAUCACGGUCGAGGGUCGCAAGUGGGAAAGUAGUGCCGACGGCCUAGCGCUGUUGAAGGGUCUUGGUGUUCGAGGGGCGCAACCUGGUGUGAGGACGUUUACAGACGACGAUGUCAAAGAUACCAAGGAUAAGGGGUUAAAGGACUUGCGGUUGCGCAUGAGCGGACUCAAGUUGUACGAGAAGUGGGCAGUUAAUGAUAUCAAACUCGUUCCCCAGCGCAUCUACUCCAUGUGCUUCCACCCCACCGAAGAAAAGCCCAUAAUCUUCGCUGGCGACAAAGAAGGCGCCAUGGGCGUGUUCGACGCUUCUCAACCCGCGCCCGAAAUCGACGACGACGAUGAAGAUGCCGAAUACCCAGACCCCAUCAUAUCCGCCUUCAAAACCCACUCCCGUACAAUCACCUCCUUCCACUUCUCCCCUACCGACUCCAAUGCCAUCUACUCUGCCUCGUACGACUCUUCGAUUCGCAAAUUGGACCUAGACAAGGGCAUCUCAACCGAGGUCUUUGCCCCGUCCUCUUCGUCUGACGACCUCCCCAUCUCCGCCAUCGACAUCCCGACUACCGACCCGAACACCAUCAUCUUCUCGACCUUGCAAGGCUCCCUGGGCCGACAAGACCAGCGCACCAAACCUUCCUCGGCCGAAAUUUGGGGCUUAACCGACCAAAAGAUUGGCGGUUUCUCCCUGCAUCCUCAGCACCCUCACCUCGUCGCGACCGCCUCGCUCGACCGCACCCUCAAGAUCUGGGACCUACGCAAGAUCAGUGGCAAGGGGGACCUCCGCCACCCUGCCCUCCUAGGGGAGCAUGAAUCCCGUCUUUCUGUUUCGCAUGCGUCUUGGUCUUCCUCGGGACACAUCGCCACUUCUUCGUACGACGACCGCAUCAAGAUCUACAGCUUCCCCUCUGCUGGCGAGUGGAAAGCCGGGCACGACAUAGCCGCAAAGGAAAUGCAACCGACGGUUCAGAUACCGCAUAACAACCAGACGGGAAGAUGGGUGACGAUUUUGAAGCCGCAGUGGCAAAGGAACCCACAGGAUGGGUGGCAGAAGUUUGUAAUUGGAAACAUGAAUCGGUUCGUGGACGUUUAUGCGGAGGACGGAGAGCAGUUGGCGCAGCUGGGAGGCGAUGGGAUCACGGCGGUGCCGGCGGUUGCACACUUUCAUCCGACUAAGGACUGGGUGGCCGGCGGAACGGCGAGUGGGAAGUUGUGUUUGUGGAUGUAGUGGUGGUGAUGCUUAUGUUUUUUGGGUAGCUGGGUGUUGUUAGUGUUGUUUUUGGAUGUUUGUUGUACUUGGUGUUCUGCGAUGAUACCAUGUUUGGAUGACUUGAUGGCGGCGUCGAUAGACUCGAAACUAUAACCGAGUGUUUGGAUUUCGGC